AUGCAACAGAAAAGGCAGGCCCAAAGUGCUCCGCCACAACAGGAACCUCCGAUUAAACUUCGCCAAAUACCCCCUGAACUUAUUCAGAAUUGCACAAACGCAAAACCUGAAAAAUACAAAUUUAAUAAUUCAAAUAUUACGGAAAUACAAAAAUAUAUUCAAAAUAAACCUCCAUAUGAUGCUGAAAAGAUGAAAACAAUAUUAAAUUCAAUUGAAGAAUUACAAAAAGCUGCACAAACUAUUUCAAAAUCUGAAUACGGAAAUAUACCAUUAACAAUAACAAUUCCUCCACCUCCUAAGCCAAGUAGUGUUAAUAAUUUCAUCAAAAUUAAUUCAUCAUUAGUUGAAUUAGCGAAUAAAAUUUGCAAAUUUGAUCAUAAUCAAAGUUAUAAAGGUUCACUUCAAAUCAGAUCAAAGCCUGCAGAUAAAAAGUCAUACACUUCUUCCAAAGAUAAAAUUAAAAAGAAAACUCCAAAAGGAAGCGGUGCAUCUAAAAGCGGCGGAAAUACAUCACAUAUUAAACCACCAGCAGGCGGUAAUCCGAAUGCUGCUGAGCCAGAAAACUACGAUUUCAAAGAAGUUACCGCAAAUGCAACUGUCGGACCUCAGAAGAACGUUAUUGUUAAAUUACAGAACCAAUCAACAGUACAGAUACCUCCAAACCCUCCAAUACCAAAUCCGGCCAAAGGAGAGUGUCCGUUUGCAUCUAUGUUUAAUAGCGAACUACAGCACACUCUUCUUAAAGGUCUUAAAUGUCCAGUACCUUCCCAGUUCAAGAGCAACUUAGAGAGUUAUUUGGCUCCUUCUGUUAUUAAUGUAAGUAAAUUUGCGAAAGAAACAAAAGAGAAAAAGGCUAAAAAGAAAUAA